CUCAUUCUCACUUCAUGCUCACAUUGGUGCUCAAGUACUAACAAUGGAUAAAACCCACUGCCCCGUUGUCAACAAUCGUACUCUCUCAACAGCAACCCAAUGCCCCGCGCGAAGACCUCCCCAGAGCCCAAGCCCAAGCCCAAAUCCCUCGCCCAGGAGCCACAGCUAGUAGCAACCUCGCAGCAGAGCCGAUUCCAUGCGGACGCCACCAAUCCGGCCGAGGUGGCAUCGAGAGACCUCGAUAUCCGCACCCUCACCAUCGCCCUCGGGAAGCGCGAGAUCCUCUCCGACGCUGAAUUGAAGCUGCAGUAUGGCACGCAUUAUGCUGUGGUGGGCAGGAACGGCGUGGGGAAGUCGACACUACUAAAGGCUAUCGGCGAGAAAUAUAUACCCGGGAUUCCCAUCAACCUGCGGGUAUUACUGCUGGGCCAGACGCUCACCCCAAAGGGGGGCGACGAAGUGAUCAGUGACAAUACCGAAACGGUUCUGCAGCAUGUUGUCAGGAGCGAUACGCACCGAGAGCGAGCGUUACGGGAUACAAAGCUGUUGACGGUCGCGCUGGAAAGCUCCUCCGACUCCUCGGCAGCUGCAAAGGCGGUCCGGAAACUGAAGCAUGAGUCUCGUGUUUGCGAGCUUGAGGAGGCUAAGAAGUUGGCGGCUUAUCGCAGUGGUGCGAGGGGACUGAAGGCUCGGAAGGAGUUGAGGUUGCUGGAGGAGGAGUUGGAUGCGUUUUUGAAAAUGUUAGACUUGGACGAAGAGCUCGAUGAACUUACAGUUGCUGCGGAAACUGAAGUCGCAGUGCAAAUGCUUCAUGACCUUGAGGCAUCUCUGGAAGCGAUGUCCGCCUCUACCGCCGAUUCCCGAGCUCGCACGCUUCUUCUUGGCCUCGGUUUUCCAUUGUCCAAAAUCGAUAGCCCACUGAGUUCUCUUUCGGGCGGUUGGAAAACACGCUGCAGCCUGGCCCGGAUCCUCUAUCAGCCCUCGGACUACCUCCUCCUUGACGAACCUACCAACUUCCUAGACCUGGCCGCAAUGCUCUGGUUACAAGGCUAUCUCCAAGCCCUCUCCUCUACAGUCUUGGUGGUUACCCACGACCGAUCCUUGGCUGACGCCGUAGCCGACGAGAUCCUCGUUAUCCGCGACAACAAGCUGGAGCACUUCAACGGCAACCUGACAUCCUACGACAAAGCACGACGAGCGAACCAGCUACGUCUGGGACGCAUGAAAGACGCACAAGAGCGGCAGAAGGCACACAUGAAGGAAACGAUCGUAGGAAACAUCCGGGCAGCCAAGUCGUCAGGCGACGACAAAAAACUCAAGCAGGCCGCCUCGCGGCAGAAGAAGCUAGAUGAGCGGAUGGGACUCGAGGUCAGUGCAAAGGGGACACGAUUCAAGCUGAACCGUGACUUGCCCGGAUACCACAAAAAGGCUCGAGACGAGAUUGAAGUACCGGUUGACGACGCUCCGGUCAAGAUCUCCCUCCCGGAAUCUCCGCCGCCACUGCGGUUUCCGGGGGUCCUGGUGGCUUUUGAAAACUUCAGCUUCAGAUACAACAGCAUGAAAUCCCCCGUCCUAGCCGGAAUCAACCUCGCCAUCCACCCCGGCGCGCGCAUCGGAAUCCUCGGCCUCAACGGCGCAGGGAAAUCGACGCUCCUCUCGCACAUUGUCGAGGGGCGGGAACCCUCUGGAACCCGCACUGGCGCGAUAACCCGGCACCCCAAGGCGGCCGUCGCAUACUUCAGCCAAUCGAUUGUCGAAGACCUGCAAUCACUCGGCGACCUUGACCGCUCCGCCACCGCACUGUCAGUACUGCUCCAAGCCACCGAGGGCCUAUUUACAGAGCAAGAAGCGCGGGGCCUCCUCGGCUCGCUGGGACUGCAGGGGCGCACUGCAGCAGAGAUUCCCCUCGCCUUGCUAUCGGGCGGCCAGAAGGUCCGCCUCGCCCUCGCAACACUCGUGUGCUCCCCGCCGCACCUCCUCGUGCUCGACGAGGUCACUACGCACCUCGACUCGGACACGAUCGUGGCGCUGGCUAGAGAGCUGAACGCUUAUGAAGGCGCCGUGUUGCUGGUUACGCAUGACAGGUUCUUUAUACGUGCCGUGGUGCAGGGGGAGAAUCCGGUUGGUGAGGGAGAGGAUGGGGGGAGGGUGUGGGAUGAGAACAGGAGGGGAGAAGUGUUUUUGCUGGAGAAGGGAAGGCUGGAGGUGCUGACUGGAGGAGUGGAGGCGUAUGAGGCUAGGGCGAUGAAGGUGGUCAGGAGGAUGAGGGUACUGGGGCAGAAUUGAGGUUGGUGGAGCUAUUCAGAUACAGGACUACGGUAGAUUAGGUGGAUUUCGCUUGUUCUGGGAGUGGCGGGACAGCCCAGGGCACAGUGAUAACCUGUGAUCCGAGUGAAGCGGCGAUGUUCCAAGGAGCCGACUAAUACAAGCACAAAUACGAGUGAAUGAGUACUUGAGUACCCAGUAUGCCUGAAACUGUAGAGUAAGACGUAGCUUUGUUUUUCUUCUGGUCCAGCCCAGAUUGACGCUAGGUAUGACGAGAACAACGGUUGUAGAGCAACGUAAAUCCAUUCUAAUUUACCUGUUAUGUUUCAGUGAUGUUUUAUUCACUGUGGUGCCUUUCAAUUAGUACCAGCAGCUAUAUUACAGAC